CGGACAGGAAGAGGGCCAGGGGGGACGCCAGAACCCGGGACCACAGCGCGGAAACGGCCCGGGGCUGAGCUGCAGUCAGAUCCGGGGAUGGAGGGAGCCGGAGAAGAGGAGUGAGGAGGCCGGGGAGGCAGGCCCUGCUGCCCUCCUGGAGGCCGGCAGGCCGCUGUGGCAGUGGAGGACCGGGCCGCCCAGAGAGGGACGGGGUCAGGAGGUCGGGCCCGGGCCUCAGCAGGCCCAGACGAGGCCCAAGAAGGGAGUACCAGGCGCCCUGGAGUUCAGGGCCCAGGCCUUGCCUCGGCUUGUCCAAAGGAGGCCUAGGCCAGGCCUCUGGUGGGGAAACUGAGUCACAGGCAGGCCUCAGGGCACGGCCUGGACGCGUGUGAGCCAAGUGAGGGGUAGGGGGCACAGCCCCUGGGGGGGGUCUCCGAGACUAAGGGGGGUAGGGGGCUUCAGGGCCUCCCAGCCCACCGCCGGAUUGGCGAGUGAGACGCUUGUAGAUCCAAGGUUGGAUUGGGGUGGGGUCUCUGGGACGUUGGCUAGCGAGGCGAGGAUUGGGGGGAUUCAAGUGCUUAGAGAUCGAAGGCAGGCCUUGAGUAGGGGGAGUCAGACAAUUGGAAAGCCGAGGUGGUUAUUUGGGGAGGGGUCUCGGCGCCUGGGCGAAGCGCAAAGCUGCGCCCGCCUGGCUCGAGGCCUUGUCCAGGCAGGUGUCUGUGAAGGGUGGGCCCGACCCGGCCAGGCCAAGAGCAAGAAAAGUGAACAAACCAGGAGUGCUAAGUGGGCGGGGGGCCCCUGAGCGGGGGGUCACAAAGGGUGAGACAUGGCCACCAGGCGUUUAACCGACGCUUUCUUGUUGUUGCGGAAUAAUUCCAUCCAAAACCGGCAGCUGUUAGCCGAGCAAGUGAGUAGUUACACCACCUCCAGCCCUCUGCAUUCACGUAGCAUUGCUGCGGAGCAAUCAAAAGGGGGAGAUUUUUUAAAUGCCUUGGAGCUGGACGAGCUUGCCGACGACCGUAUGGCUCUGGUGUCGGGCAUUAGCUUAGAUCCAGAAGCAGCAAUCGGCGUGACAAAGCGGUCGCCCCCUAAGUGGGUGGACGGAGUGGACGAAAUACAGUACGACGUUGGCCGGAUCAAACAGAAAAUGAAGGAAUUAGCCAGCCUUCACGACCAGCAUUUAAACAGGCCCACCCUGGACGACAGCAGCGAGCAGGAACACGCCAUUGAAAUCACCGCCCAAGAGAUCACUCAGCUCUUCCACAGGUGCCAGCGCGCCGUGCAGGCUCUGCCCGGCCGGGCCCGCAGGGCCCGCUCCGACCAGGAGGAGCGGCUCCUUCGCAACGUCGUGGCCUCCCUGGCCCAGGCCCUGCAGGAGCUGUCGGCCAGCUUCCGGCGCGCGCAGUCGGGCUACCUCAGACGCAUGAAGAAUCGAGAGGAAAGAUCCCAGCAUUUUUUUGAUACAGCAGUACCACUAAUGGAUGAUGGAGACGAUAAUACUCUCUAUGAUCGGGGUUUUACAGAUGACCAGUUAGUGCUGGUGGAACAGAACACGCUGAUGGUGGAGGAGAGGGAGCGGGAGAUACGCCAGAUCGUGCAAUCCAUUUCUGACCUGAAUGAAAUCUUUAGGGACCUGGGGGCGAUGAUCGUGGAGCAGGGUACAGUCCUUGAUAGAAUUGACUAUAACGUCGAGCAGUCCUGCAUCAAAACCAAAGACGGCCUGAAGCAGCUUCACAAGGCAGAGCAGUAUCAGAAGAAGAAUCGGAAGAUGCUUGUGAUUUUAAUAUUAUUUGUCGUCAUCAUUGUCCUCGUUGUUGUCCUGAUCAGCGUGAAGUCUCGCUAGGCGGCCGUGCGGCCACGUGGGCCGCCCGUGUGCGCUCCCGGGCGCGAGGGGCUCGGCCGCCCUGCGGGCACAGCGGAGGCGCGGGCCGCGGACCGCGUGGGGGCGGCGAGCGCCUGCCUGGACCCCUCGUCACGGUCGUGCUCCAGCAGGGGGAUGAGCUGCUGUUCCUCCUUCAUUGUCAAGAAUUUAAGGACCUUUGAUGCUGCUGCAGAAUAGAGAUUGAGUUCUGUCAUCAGUUAUAAUAUAUAUUUUUUUUAGAAAGAGAAAAUGAGUUGAAUGUUUACAGGCACUCCGCAAGCUGUUCGAUACUGUAUGUGCAUAUGCUAUUUUUUUAGCAGUCAUGUCUGAGCAGCAUGUAAAAAUAAUUUUUGGAAACGUUUUUUAAAAACCGUCUGGUUUUUAAGAAAUUUGGUACCAAAAAUUUAUGAGUAGAGGCAAAAAUGCCUCUUCAUCUUUCUCUGUAUAUUUUCCAGUUGAAAACAAACUGAGAAGUCCUUUAAGAAUUUAUAAUCCGUUCCCCAUUAACUUAAUUUAGCUUUUCCAUCACUGUUAACGAUCAGAGUAACAAAGUGUGAAAAAUAAGAAACCAUCAUUGAUGUUAAUUAACACAUUUAGAUGGGCCAGUUAAAACAGCUUCGUAAGUUUAAAUUAAUCGUAAAUGGACUAUUCCUCAUUUAGAGUUUGUGCACUGCAUUUUCUACUGUAAACCAAAAGGGGUUACCAAACCAAACCACCUAAAUUUAAAAGUUGGUGAUCUGAACCAACCGCACCUGCAGACGUGAAAAAGGGAAGCUUGGCCGUGUCGUGGAAGUCACCAGAAUCAGCCAGUGUGCCCCUGUCCUCGUCCCCAGCCAUCCUUGCCCAAUCCAUUACUUACACACUAACUACAUAAUGACCUGUUCAAACUAGCCACCAUUUAAUGAACUGUGAAUUUACACAGAGGCCAUUCUAAAUGGGUCACCCCAUUUAGGAUUAGUGGAUCUCAAAUUAUUAGCCAAACAUCACUCCAUUUCAAAGUAGAAUAUUCCACCAGGGGCAUGAUUUAUCGGCUCUGGCGUUGCUGCUUAACAUGCCCAGAAAGUCAGCACGUUCGACAGAUUGUGAAAAUCUUGAGUAGAAGUCCCUCAUUCGUGCGAGCACGAAUCAGGUCGCCAGAGUGGGACUUUGCCAUUCUCUUACCUAUUAUCACGAUGGUGCUCGAAUAUAUUCCUGGAGCUGUAGAAUAAUGUGGAAAGCGACGAUGGCUCCGAAAGCUCAACUUGCUCACGUUGUUACUUGGUCUUGAGACGCCAGUAUAGUUCUGACGGUCUUUGUAUAAUUUUCGAUGGCUUUUCCGUUGUUUUUUACCUCUCCUGAGAAGUUUGCGAAGAGCGUGACCUCCUUAAAUGUGCUGUGUUUUAUUUGGAUCGGUCACACAAAAUGUGUCUUUAGAACUGACUUUGAAGUUGUUUCCCGAAACUGAAACGCGAGUCCAGACGUUCAGGUUGUCCAAACAGAUCAUGGUCUUAGCACCCACACCCGUGCCCCCGCCUGUCGCUUCCCAAGUUCCCGGCCACCACCGGUUUUCUCACGACCGAUGUGGCUGUAGGACGAUCCGAAGGUGCCCCUGGCAUUUCAGGAAAUCGCCUGGCAUUCCCUGACCAACCAUUAUGUAUUAGGCAAAAAGGUCAGGAAGUAAGACUCCGCCUCCUUGAUCACCCCUGACGUGUGCGGCUUCUGCAGAUCUUGAGAAGAGCCGCAGGCAUUUUCUAGUCACGGCGGGCUUUAAUCCGGUGGCCCAGUCGAGACGUUCCUCCGGACCGACUGCUCCCAGGAGCGGGGGCCGUUCAAGGUCACGGGGCUUCCCUCCCCAGCGGUGGACAGUGGCGACAGGAGGCUCGGUGGUCUUAACGUGCAAGGCAAGUGACCCUUUAAGAAAGGAUCGCCAGAAAAAAAAAAAAAAAAGAAAAGAAAAAAAAGAAAGGAUCACCAUUUAUUUAUAUUUAUUUUCACUUAACAGGGUGAUUGGGGCUGGUUUUUGCCCCCCUCACCCACCAGGGUAAAGUAACGGAUCUGACAGAAGUGAUCUUGAGGAUCUCGAGUGAACUGAGAAAGCAGUGCCCUGCCACAGAAAGCCCGCCCCCCCCCCCCCCCCCCCCCCCCCCCCCCCCGCUGUCUGCUGCCAUCACCUUGUCCCCAGGCCACCUUGUCCCCAGGCGGGGAAGCGGCCCCAGGGUGUGUGCUCCUCAAAACACUGUAUUUUUCUUUUGAGCCUUUACUUAGGGAAAGAUCAGCAGCCUUGGGGGAAGUAAGAGUAGAUUGGUCCUGGGGCCCUGGCACCUCAGGGUAACGGGUGAUUCUCUGCCGCUGAAGGAGACGGGCUCCUUUUGCUCCAGACGGCCAUUGUCCCAGGGAGGGCCGGGCCAUUCAGCUCUGUUGGGCUCUGGUGGUAAUGAUCGCCAGCGCCUGGGACACCACCGGAGAAAGGGGGUGGGGGGGGGAGGGGGAGGCUCCCUCUGGGCAGCCCUGGGCUCGGCCCCUGGACACCUGCCCCCUUGAACGUGUCGGGGGGUGGCUCCGUUGACGGGGCCGGAGAGGAGAUAAGGAAACGUUUACCGUCAGGUCUCCAAAGCUCCUGAUCUUUCCUGCGAUUGUAACAAGUCUACUGUCUCUUGUUGUAUUAAUUUGGGGGUGGGGGGUGCUGGCUUCGCCAUGGGCGUGAAGCGGUGUGUGUCUCUAAUUUAACGGAUUUACCGCUUUCUCUGCUAAUUGAGAGAGCAUUAUUUAUUUGUUUUGACACAAGUGCUUUCAGUGUUUUAUCCUAGCUAAUGGCUUCUUAAAGGUAAUAAAACCCUUCCAACCUAAUUGGUCAGAUAAGACUUUUUUCCUUGUGUGCUUAAAUAAAGCAAUUAGUGAAGCGCUUCCAUCCAAAAUGACUUUUUUUUUUUUUUGUCCUUUUUUAAAACUAAUUCACUGUUACUGGAAACUUUUUGUACAAUAAAGCAAUCAUGCGGAUUAAAGAGCA